AUGACGAGGAGACUAUUCCGCACCGGCAUCCAGCUGGCCGUCAUAGCCACCGUCGUUCUUUUCACCGUCAUAUUCAUUGACAACCGAUACCGUGUCCUCCCUACGUCGAUCCACAACCAUCUGCCCGCGCAUCAUCCAGGCUUUGUAGUAACAGACAUCACUGUUGUUACAUGCUCUUCUUUAAAUCCCUUUUCCAGUUGUACGAAAGACGGUCCAUACUGGCACCGUAUCAACAAGGACUUGUAUCUCAAUAAAGGCUACUUAUCAAAAGCCUACCUCCUCGUCGAACGGAAACGAGACACCGAUCUCAAACCGCAUGAAGAAGUCGUCCUUGAUAUCAAGGUAGGACGCAUUCAACCGUCAAAUGUUGGCGUGAACUCGAAAGAUGAACGCUGGGAAUCUCGCCCGGCAGGAAUAUGGAUCAAAAAGUCUGCGAAACGCAAUGAUGACCACAAGAUUGUUACGGGAGUAGAUGUGCUCUUCGGUGCUGAUGCCGCAGAUCCCCGAUCAAACUGGAAUAUCCUAGACAUCUCUCUCUUCAUCGAUGGUGGCAGCAACACCGCCGAACCACGACUGACUGUGCGCAAGGGGCCUGCCAUCAGAGUUGAGAAGCCUGUACCACGAAUUCGCAAGGACGGCCGAUUCAAAAUCAUGCAAGCUGCAGACCUUCAUCUUGCAACAGGACUUGGAGAAUGUAGGCACGCUCUACCCGGGGGCUCGAAAUGCGAAGCCGAUCCGCGAACAUUUGAAUUCCUGGAACGCCUGAUUGACGAAGAGAAACCUGAUUUUGUUGUUCUGACUGGUGACCAAGUCAACGGCGACACCGCACCUGAUUCGCAGACAGCUAUAUACAAAUACUCGGAGCUCUUCGCACGUCAUCGUAUUCCUUACGCCGGCAUAUUCGGCAACCAUGACGACGAAGGCAACUUGGACCGAGCGGCAAGUAUGGCUAUCAUGGACGGAUUGCCAUAUUCACUUUCUACUGCCGGCCCGGAGGAUGUUGAUGGCGUUGGAAAUUAUGUCGUUGAAAUUCUUGGUCGGGGCUCGACGUCACACUCUGCCUUGACGCUGUACAUGCUCGACACGCAUGCAUAUUCCCCGGAUGAGCACAAAUACCAUGGCUAUGACUGGCUCAAGCAGUCGCAGAUCGAUUGGUUCAAAACCACAAGCCAGCAUCUGAAGCGUAAACACCGAGAAUACACGCACAUACAUAUGGACCUGGCAUUUAUACACAUUCCACUUCCGGAGUAUAGAAAUCCGGAUGGAUUGAAGUGGGUUGGCAACUGGACCGAGCCGCCAACUGCACCAGCGUACAACAGUAACUUCAAGGACGCUCUCGUCGAAGAGGGGAUCGUCAUGGUGAGCUGUGGGCAUGAUCAUGUCAACGACUACUGUCUUCCUGCGCUGGACAAAGAAAAGAAGAAGCCCGCGUUGUGGAUGUGCUAUGGCGGAGGCGCAGGUUUUGGCGGUUAUGGAGGAUACUACGGCUAUCACCGCCGUGUGAGAUUUUUCGAUUUUGACAUGAAUGAGGCGAGGAUCACGACAUGGAAGAGGCUGGAGUGGGGAGAUACAAAAAGUCGCAUCGACGAGCAGAUCAUCGUCGACGGUGGAAAGGUCGUUGUUGAUCUGUAG